CUCAGAAUCAGAGGCAUGGUUGAUACUUGACGGUUCUCUCUCCCUCGCCAACACCAUCACCAACACCACUCUCCCUCUCUUCAUUUCUCCACUGUUGAUCAUAUGGCUCCCAAUCCAAGAGUUGUUCAGGCCUUUAAUGCUAUGAAGGCAUUAGGAAUUUCAGCUGAAGAGGUGAAGCCGGUGUUGGCAGAGUUGUUAAGAGUCUACGAUAAAAAUUGGGAACUUAUUGAAGAGGACAAUUAUCGGACACUUGUAGAUGCAUACUUUGACUUCAAAGAAGAUAAGGGAACAGAUGCUAAGAAAAAAGUGUCUGUCAAUUUUCAUGCUCGAGAAAGACCAAAACAGAAGCUGCACUUGAUAGAUGAUGAUGAUGAUGAUAACCAGGUUUUGUCAACAACAAAUAAGUCGAGCCAAAAGUUAUCCAUUGCAGAUAGGAAAACACCUCCAGGUAAUUCUUCACAAGAAAUCAUUGAGCCAUCUCAAGCUUCUAAGCAAGAUAGCAAGCCCAGAACUAGUUCAGAAGCAUCACAUGCAAGGUUGAUGAAGGUAGAAAGGGUUUCCAGUUCACCUUGCAACGCACCUAAAUAUAGAAAAACGUAUUACGACAUAGCACCAUCUUCAGGGCACUCUGUUGAUUAUGAGAAAGAGCUAGUGAAACCCAGAACUAAGAAACCAAAGUUACAGACUCAGCCUAUUUCAACAAAUCAUGACGGAUUAUUUGAUGCUUCCUCAUCAUGCAAUAAUAAUGCCACAACUAGCACGGGAAAUAUCACUAUUGCUUCUUCACCCCGUGGAGAAGUUAAAUUGUCUUUAAACUGCAACUCUGCCUUGGCUCAACCGGACUUCUGUAAUCCUAAUUUGGAUACUGUGAUGAAGUUCAUGGAGGAGAAGUACCUUAGCUCUUGCAUGACUCAGGAUCCUCAGUUUUCAAUGGUGAAGCUACUAAAUGGUUUAUGCAGGAGCUAUCUGAUGUUGGGACAUAAAAAACGUUCGAAUUUCAGGUCUUCUUCCAGCAACUUGGCAGUUACUCAAGAUGAAAGGAGUUCCUCUCAGUUUAUCAAUGACAUAACAAGAGGUUCAGAAGAGGUGAAAAUCCCAUUAAUAGAUGAAAAUGGCAGUGAGGACUUGCCAAAAUUUAAUUAUAUACCGCAAAAUAUAAUAUACCAAAGUGCUAAUGUAAAUAUUUCAUUGGCUCGAAUUUCGGAUGAGGGUUGCUGUUCUGAUUGUUCAGGCAACUGUCUUUCUGCUUCACUGCCUUGUGCAUGUGCCCGUGAAACUGGUGGAGAGUUUGCUUACACUCCUGAAGGUGUGUUGAACGAAGAGUUUCUUAAAGCUUGCAUUUCCAUGAAGAAUGAACCUCAAGAUCGUCAUUUCGUGUAUUGUCAAGAGUGCCCAUUGGAGAAGUCUAAGAAUGAGUUCAUGCCCGAACAAUGCAAAGGGCAUAUGGUUAGGAAGUUUAUCAAAGAAUGCUGGAGGAAAUGUGGCUGUGACAUGCGAUGUGGAAAUCGAGUAGUACAAAGAGGUAUAAGAUGCAAAUUGCAGGUGUACAUGACUCGUGAGGGAAAGGGCUGGGGCCUUAGAACACUUGAGGAUUUGCCGAAGGGUACUUUUGUAUGUGAAUACGUUGGGGAAAUAUUAACCAAUACAGAGUUAUACGAAAGGAAUGUGCACAGCAGUUGCAGCAAUGACAGACACACAUAUCCCGUAACUCUUGAUGCAGACUGGGGAUCAGAAGGGGUCUUGAAAGAUGAGGAAGCGCUUUGUUUAGAUGCAACAUAUAAUGGAAAUGUUGGAAGGUUUAUCAAUCACAGAUGCUUUGAUGCAAAUCUCAUUGACAUUCCUGUUGAAGUGGAGACUCCUGAUCACCACUAUUACCAUCUUGCUUUCUUUACCACCCGAGAUGUGAGAGCCAAUGAGGAGUUGACGUGGGAUUAUGGUAUUGACUUUGAUGAUCAUGACCAUCCUAUUAAAGCAUUUCAAUGUUCUUGUGGAAGCGCUUUCUGCGGUGAUAAGAAGAGAAAAGGUAACUGGAUAGCAGAUAAAAUGGACAAAAAUACAUGUAAAAAAGUUUAA